CGAACCUACUAGGAAAUUGCAAGAAAUUUAAAAACAAACAGACUAGAAAAUAAUUAGUCAAUUUAAAUUUAAAAGAUAAAUUAAUUACAAUUUUGAAAAUGUAUUUAUCUUCCGUUAGUUCACGUUUACUAAUUCACGACGUUAACAGUUGGGAUUUAAAGUUUAGUAACGGGUGUUACGAUGGCCUAAUGAGAGAUGUUUCAUGGAGCGACGACAGUAAAUACAUUUUACAGGUAAAUUCUGUAGGCCUUGUAGAAAUAUUAUGUCCAACAGAUCAUGAUGUCAGAAGCUUACAACAUAUUCCAAUAAAGGACACCUGGUCAGCAAGCUUCCACAGAGAUGGUCACCACCAUGUUGCAGUUGGCACAAAAAGUGGAAAUGUUAAAAUUUGGGACACGAAACAUAAAACAAUAACUAAAGCGUUUCCAACACUGUCUCAUCCAUCCUGUGUAAACAUCCUAAGUUACAAUGCCAAAAACACAAGCCUGGCCGCUACAAUGUCAAAUGGAGAUACAGUUAUCUAUGGCCUAAUUUCAAAUAUCCCAGUUCAAAGAGUUAAACUAACAUGUUCUAAAAGUAUUUCCGCUAUGAAGUUUCACCAUGAGUCACAGUCUUUACUUGGUCUUGCAACAGAAGAAGGUCAUGUUAUACUCAGAGAUGUAAACACAAAUCAUGAUAAAGCAUUCUUUGAAAAUAUUCACGCAUCACCAGUCAGCGACUUUGCUUUCUCACUUAUAAACAAAGAUGUGAUGCUAUCUAGUGGCUAUGACAAAAUUAUACAAGUUUAUGAUAUUAAACUACAGAAUGUUGUCUCAACAGUAAAGACAUCACAUACUCUAACAUCUAUAGCCAUGAAUAAAGAUAACCAAGUUGCACUGGGAAGUAAGAAUUGUGAUGUUCUUGUAUAUGAUCUUAGAGAUUUAAGCAGACCAUUAAAAAUUCUGAAGGGACAUGAUCAAAGUGUCAGCAAAGUAGCUUUUCAGCCCACAAGAAAGAAGUUAGUACCAACUGACAUAAGCCUCAGAGAAGAAAUGGACCCAAUAUCUGUUCCUAAAGUAAAAACACCUGCUACUGAAAGAUCAUCAGACAUAUUUUUCAUGAAUGAUACACCUCCAAACAAUAAUAUAAAUGUCUCCAAUUCUCGAGAUAACAGAGCUAAUCAAAGCUCAUUUCUUAUUGGUCUCAAUAAAUCAAAUAAUUUUGAUAUUGACUUAGAUUUUGAUUUUGAUAGAAAAAGUGACAAACAUGAACUAAGAUUCGAUUCAGAAAGAAAUAUGAAUAAGAUUUCAACUCCAGUGAAUAAAAGUGCAGGUGAAAAUUUUGUCAUUCCUUCACCUCUUUUUAUUCCCAAUAGUAUCCAAGAUGAUAAUAAAGCUCUGAAUGGUAAUUUUACGAAUAUAAAGCCAUCUGGUGACAUACAUGCAACAAACAAUGAUAUGACGGACACAAAAGUAGUUAAUGAAUUGAAAGAUUUCAUUUCAGAUGUUGCAGAUGAUAACAGAAACUACUUCCUCCAUAUCAUGAUGGCUUUAACAAAACAAAAGUUAUAUUUAGAAAAACAGUUAAACACAUUAAAUCAGAAAGUUCACAAUUUGGAACAAAACCAAAAUUCUUUGGUUGAAGCUAAUAGAAUGCUUACUCUUCAAGUAGAACAAUUAAAAACUCAGCAAAAUAAUGUACAAUAAACAAAUAAUUAAAAUACCUACAAAAUAAAUGAACUGUCAAAAUAUAUAUAGCGUACCCACUUAGGUAGGUGGAAUACCUCUAAGCUUUAAAAUAUUGUUAAUGUUUUAGAAUAUAAUAUUUUUUUGUAAUUAAUAAUUGUUUCAUGGUGCAUUUCUAUUUUAGUGCCUAUUUAUUAAACCUAAUUAAUUAUAAUUCUAUGUGUUUUGUGCCAUAGUAGUUUAAAAUUUAUUUUAUGACAAAAUUGUAAUGAUUUUAUUAAAAUAGUAAUAU